AUGGUAAAGGCCUUUGUUUUUACACUUGCUCUUGCAUUGACCACUGUGGUUGCACGUCCUACUACUACAACCAAGGAUGAUGAUGCGUAUGUCAAGGUCGCAUCUGAUGGCUCUGGUUUCACACGUUAUGGCAAGCCGUAUUACAUCAGAGGCGCUAACUACUGGCAAGGAAUAUCAUUGGGAGCAAACGAUUGUUAUGGUGGUGACCGGGAUCGUAUGGAGACUGAAAUCAAGCAAAUGGCUGAUAUGGGCAUCAACAAUUUGCGUGUUAUGGCCUCUGCUGAAGGUCCUGACGACCAACCUUAUCGCAUGCGACCCUCCUUCAUGACCAAACCUGGCGAAUACAAGGAAGCUGUUUUCGAAGGUCUGGAUUAUCUUUUGGAUGCCAUGGAUCGGCAUAAUAUGACAGCCGUCAUGACGCUCAACAACUUUUGGCAGUGGUCUGGAGGCUUUGCUCAAUACGUGGCGUGGGUGCUCAAUAAUCAAACCAUCCCUUAUCCCGAAGGCGACAAGAACUGGAACGAAUUCACUGUUUAUGCAGCUCGCUUUUAUAAUGAUUCCAGUAUUGCUGACAAGGCUCAGGAUUUAUUCAAGGAUCACAUCAAAGCUGUCCAAACGCGUGUCAACACCGUCAAUGGCAAAAAGUACAACGAGGAUCCUGUGAUCAUGUCAUGGCAACUGGCCAACGAGCCUCAAGAGGCACCUGAAUGGUGGUUUGAGGAAACGAGCAACUUUAUCAAAUCGAAUGCACCCAACCAAUUGGUGUCUGCUGGCUUGGAAGCAAAGUUGGAUCAAUACGACUUUAAUCGUGCACAUGAUCACAAGAACAUUGAUUACACUACAUGUCACUUGUGGGUGGAAAACUGGGAAAUUUACGAUCCUGCCAAUGAAUCAUCCCUUGCUGAUGCUCAAGCGUAUGCCAAGGAUUACAUUUCAUCACGUGCUGAAUGGGCAGCUGCACUCAAAAAGCCGAUCAUUAUGGAGGAAUUUGGCAUGGCACGUGAUGCAUUCAAUCAUCCUGACGAUGACGAGUACAAGUAUGAUCCUUCUACCCCUACUACGCAUAAGGAUACCUAUUACAAGGGCAUCUUUGAUCAAAUCUUGGAACUCGCCAAAGAAAACAAGUUUAGUGGAAGUGCGUUUUGGGCUUAUGGUGGAUUGGGCCGCUCCACCGAUUAUCCCAACCAAUACGGCAUGGUGAUUCUCGGUGAUCCACCCCACGAGCGCCGAGGAUGGUACAGCGUUUACGACAAGGAUACUUCUACUAUUGAAGUGAUCAAGAAUUACAAUAACCAGCUAAAGGAGCUAGAAGAACAAUAA